AUGGCUUUAAUUAAGAAGUGUUUGGAAGGAAAUCAACUGCCACCGUCAAUUCCUCCGAGCUUUCUUCAGGAACCCAUAUCUUCAUUCCUGGAACCACGAAAACUGUCAGUCACUGAAGCACCUACCGCCCUGGGUUUGGUAACCAACGGAGCGGACUCUAACGAGUGGUCUAUUCCGCCUAACUCUCGGCCCAAGUACCGCCUGCAGUUCAAUCAAAACGACCGUACUAAAUGUGGCUAUCUAACUGGUGUGGAAGCUCGUGGAAUCUCCAUGUCACCUCACCUGCCUCAGUCAACCCUUGCCUACAUUUGGAACCUGGCAGACAUCGACAAUGACAGUAAUCUGACAGGCAAUGAAUUCCGCAUCGCGGCCUACCUGAUCGACCAGGCUCUAGCGGGACGCACUUCGCCCCCCCCCCCACACUGCCCCCUUCUCUUAUCCCGGUACAGGCUCAAAGUCAGUAAGUCGAUCCAAGCAGAAAUCUCGGUUCAUCUGGACGAACAUCCGUCGAGCAGAAUGUUCCCUGCGACUCAACACACCAAACUUUCGAAGACAAGCGCAUGCAGAACUUCUUGUUGGGUCAGGCAGAAAUGGAUCGACGCAAACAGGAUCUCACAGAGAAGCUAAGGCAGGACGAUGAGGCCCGUCGGGAACAGGCUCGCCUAGAGGCCGAGAAGCAGGAGAAGCUUCGACUAGAACAGGAAAGGCGAAGACAAAAAGAGGCGGAGAAGGAGGCCGAACAUCAGCGCAACCUUGAAGCACAGCGCGAAGCUCGAAGGCAGCAGGCCACCGCAGCGCACAUCCAGGCUCUGAAGGAGGCCCAGCGUCAGAAAGCCCUAGAGCUGGAGAAGGCCCGUGUUGAGGCCCUGGCGAAGGAGCGUGCGGCCGAGGCAGCUGCCCUCGAACAGGCAAAGACACUUCGUGCGAGUCUGCUGGAGGCAGCCGCCAGUCUGGCCACUCGUCGCCAGACCCUCGAGGUGCGCCUGUCAGAAGUGCAAUCCGAAUACGAGGGACACCGACGGGCUAUCCUCGAGAUGGGCGACCGCCGCGACGCCCUGGAACGCGAGAGUGUGGAUUUGAGUGAACGUGUGGAGGCCGGCCGAGCUGAACUGCAUCGUUGGCAACGCGAGCACGAACAACUCUCUCUGCGUGUCACUACCAGCGUGGACGCCAACCAGGCCCCUGAGCAUCACAAGACCCUCGUAAACGAUAUGAGGCAACUCAACGAGAGCAAACAACAACUGGAACACCGGCUAACUGACUUGAAUUCACGAGACGCUGGAGGGCCAGACUCUAGCCUCACAUCGACGUCGGGCCAAGGAGCUGGAAAAGACUCAUGCCCGAGGUGCGCGCCUUGCGGGCCACCUUGGGGGAUCGUCAAAAGGCUUACCGCGAGGAUAAGAAACGAAAAGCCAGCAUGGCAGCAGCUGCAGCUGCACUGACAGCGUCAUCGGCUGCGAAGUCAACCAACAGCUCAACUUUGUCGAGUGGCCCCACAGAGACCUACGUUGCCCUCUAUUCCUACACGCCCUCAAGCUUUGAUGAACUCGCCUUAACGGUUGGAGAUAAAAUCUUGAUACACAAGAGCCCACGAGAGGGAGGAGGAGAUGGCUGGCUUUAUGGUGAGCUCAAUGGGAAGCGUGGUCUCGUUCCAGCCACCUAUGUCAAGUCGCAGUCAGCUCACCAGAUAUUUCCUGCGGCUAUAUCGGAUCCUUUCGUCCCUGUAAUGCCAUCCCAAACCGAAACCGGCGAUUCUGCACUGGUGGCGUCCGCAACCGUUGACGAGGACCAAAAACGUCUGACCUCAACUGCCACACCUCUCUUCACUUGCAUAGCUCUUUAUGACUUCAAGGGCCAUCUGCCGGGUGACCUUUCACUGAAAGUAGGUGAGAAAGUAAACAUCCUCAACGAAAAGGACGGCUGGUACGAGGGGGGUCCUUGUACAGCCACAAGAGCGGCAUGUUUCCGGCAAAUUACGUGGAAAAACUGCCUUCCACUGAAUCUUCCAACUCGCAGGGAACCAAUGGCGUGGCGCCCGUCCAACCCACCUCUACGAGCCUGCAGGAAGCUGCCACCUACCCGACUUCUGCGUCUACUACAGCCACUAGUAUUAAGGCGAACCAACCUGAGGAAAUGGCGAUAACUGUGCUGGACCCACCGGAACUUGCCAUUAUGUAGAGUGCCUUUACGGCUGCUGGUGUUGGCCAGCUCACUCUUGUUGCCAAACAGUACGUCAAAGUCCAACGGAAGUCUGCCUCGGGCUGGUGGGAGGGAGAAAUCCAGCAACGAGGACAGGACAGGCAGGUGGGUUGGUUCCAGCCAUUUUUGUACGUGUCGUCAGCUCCACCUCCAAACCUCCCGUUACGGAUAGUCGUGGGCAGCAUCAGGUAUCCCCCACUCCGCUCCAACCACCACAACGACUGCAAACAAGUCAUUGGUGCAAGCGAAAUACGCCUAUAAGGCUGCCCAGCCGGACGAAUUGACCUUCGAAGAGAACGCCCUAAUCGAGGUUUUGAACCACGAGGAGGAGGGCUGGUGGCGCGGUCGCCUGACCGCUUCCGGGGUCGAAGGUCUCUUCCCAGUGAAUUACGUCCAGCCCUAUAACAACGCUGCAGUUGACGGAACCUCUGGUGGACAAUUUGAUUCGCCCAAGACCGCCGCAGCCUCUUCUUCGGCGCCGAAGCCAUGCUAA